CAGACGCGUAGUUUGACAACUCGUUUGAACACGACUUCGACCAGCGACUCCAGCGAGUGGCGACUGGCGAUUGUGUUUUGAAAAAUGAAUACAACUGCUUCAUAUUCAUCAGAACAAUCGUGGCUAACUCCGGCGCACAGUCGGCGCGGCUCGUUAGAGAGCACUCUUAGUAUCCAGGGAAAAGAGACAGAUUAUGUGCGAGACACGAGCGACACAGAUUGCUCCAGCGACAAGGGGGAGUACGAGCCGGUGACGGAGCCCGAGGAUGAGGGGCCGCUGGACUGGGACUCCUCUGGACAGAGCGACAACGAAAUAAUAGCGACAAAAGUGAUCGAAGUGAGCGUCGGCGACGACGGGGACCUCGAGUUCGCGGACUCUGAGCAGGACGAGUCUGAGGGCAGCGACUCCGAGAUGGACCUCCACGACUUCUGGGAGUGCGCGCAGUGCCGCGCCGAGAACAACAACCCUCUGUACCGGUACUGCGAGAAGUGUUUUAAGGUACGUAAAAACUUCUUCCCGCCGAGGCCGAGAAAAAACAAGCGUAAGCGAGUAUCUGACGUUCCGCGAACUAGCUCGGUCGAUUCCGGGGUCGAAUCCGCCUUUAACAGCCAAGAGAGUCUAUCCCAGGCCACUGACCAUGAUAGCCAGGUUAAUAAUAGCCAGGGCACUGAUAGCCAGGUUACUAAUAGCCAGGGAACUGAUAUCCAGGUGACUGAUAGCCAAGCAACUGAUCUUAGUCAAGCUGGCUCCAGUCAAACAGAGCUAAGUCAACCUGAGUCUAAAGGUACAUCCUCUACGCCGAUUUUAGGUAGGCCUUUAAAGCGCCGCGCUGAAUCUGCCGAUCGUAACAACAAGAGAAUGAGAAUCGAUUAUUCUGAUAGUGAUAGCGAUGAUGAGCCUAGAUGUAGGAAAGCUAAAAGCGCCGAUCCCGAAGUAGCACCUUUAGUUAAAACUACCAGCGAUCCAUCGCUUACAAUCGAUGAUUCAGUCAAACUUACAAAGAAAGCGAUCAUCAAUUCGAUUAAAGAUAAAUUUGAGAACGAAAAUCUGUGCAUAAUUUGCUACGCUGAGCCUAAGUCGGCAGUUUUCGUGCAUGGUAGGAUAGCGCAUAUUUGCUGUUGCUAUGAGUGCGCUAACAAGGUUUGGAGGAAGGCUAAAAGGUGUCCGCAGUGCAAUUGUAAAGUUAGUAAUGUUUUGAGAGUUUUGUAGAUAUGUGAACGUGCGAGUAUGUUUAUGAAGUUUUGUACUAAAAUGGGGUCGUCCAUUGAUUACAUAACAAAAAAUUUUGAGAUUUUUUAGACCUUGGCACACUUUUUCAUAGGAGGAAGAUAGAUCUUUGAUACGUACUGUCACACUAGGCAUGACAAUUUUGUAAAAAAAAAUACGACGAGAAGUUAACAUUACUGAAAUAGAUCAUUUAAAUUUUAGUACAAAUCUUGAUAAGAAUGCUUCUGCGUUAACGACACAGAGUUUCGCCUGGAACUAGAAAAAAAUAAAAAAAUAAACAUCUAAUUAUGAAAAAAUUGGAAAAGAAAAACAAAUAAACAAUUUUUAAGAUUUUGCGCUAACUUAUUUGCUAUAGGUACCUUAUAAAGUAUUUUUUUUUCUCGUUCAAGGCAAAACAAAGUGCGACAUUUCGAAAUCUCGCUUGCUUUAUUUAAAUCGUACCAACCAACAGAUGUGUUCACAUUUUCGGUUUUGCUCCGUCUAUUUAAUGCCUAAAAAAACUCAGUAACUGAGUCUAUGGAUUGAAAAAGACUGAGUUUUUAAAUUAGAUAGAUACUCAAUGUUUUUAAAUUUACCUAAAAAUACAAUCAUUGUAAUGAUGAUUAAAGUCACUAGUAAAUAAGAUUAUUAUUAAUAUGCCACAAUUUUCAGUAUUUUAGGCUAAGUGAGUGAAUGAUUCGAAAUGUUGUAUGUCAUUUGAGUUGUAAGGACUUUUUUUUAUGUGCGGACCACCUUUUUAGCCAACCCCCAGCCAAUUAAUUCAGAACUUCUGAACAAGCCGUCUGACGAUGUGGUAUGCUAAAUAAAUAAAUAUUGAAUAUAUUGCUUAAUAACAAGAUUUUCGCCAAAAAAAAACCAUUGAUUGGUUAAUGUUUCCUGUUUUACAAAAAUGCGGUAACCUAAUUAUUUCUGGAAAGCACAUGUUUUUACUAUUGAACAUUUGCCUCGAUGGUAACUAUCGCUAUGUAUAGCUCACAACCGUCAAAACAAUACAAUCGUCAAAAUAACGUACCACAUUGCUAGAUGACUCGUUGCGGAAACUGAUAUAUUUUGUACAGAUGUAGUGCAUGAUUAUUUUCCAUCGUAUUCUCACGGAAAUGUACGAACGUGUCUUGCUAUUUCAGCCAGUCUCGGUAUAAAAAAUACUGAAGUUGACUGAAGUAGCAUGACAAAUACGAUGAAAAACAGUUAUGCACUACAACUGUAGGUGUUUCCUUAACUCAUAGUCGUAAAAACCUACUAAAUGACCAUUCGUUUACCUUAGGUGCCAUUCAUUUGUUAUGUAAGACGAUUUUUGUCAGUUUUUGACCUCCUCCCACCCCUAUGUAAGAAAAAAUAAGAAUAUACCUCCCUCCCCUCUCCCACCUGUAUUACGUAAAAUCUAAAGGAAUAAAGAAAAUACAGGUUUUUAUUUUUCAAAGAAAUAAUUUUUAGUAACAUUUAUUAGUAAGUAGGAAUCACUUGGGUCUUGCAAAUCGGUUGACUGCUUUUUUUUAAAUAUUUGGUUACCAAGUUUGGUUUUAUUUUAAAUUUUUCUUUAUCAUUCAGCCUCUUUUUGUGAUCUUACGUAAGAACUGUCAAGACUCGCUCCCACCCCUUUGUAAGAAAAAAUAAGUCAUGUACAACCUCUGUCCCCCCUAAAUCGUCUUACGUAAUAAAUGAACAGGGCUUUAUUGUAUCGAAGUAUGGUCUAGCAGUUGUGUUAAUUAUCAGCCUCAUCAGCUUCGAACAUUAAGUACGAUACAGAGCUAUAAUCGCGAAAAUCGAAGUUCGCAAAUUGCGGGCAUUUUUUCUGUCACUCUAAUUACGCCUUCAUUGGAGUAAAAGAAAGAUUCCUGCAAUUUGCGAAUUUCGGUUUUCGCGGUAGCCCUUCAGAUUUUGCAGGCAAAUUGAGAGUCGUAGUAAAAUAGUAAUUUAAAUACGAAAUUGCUUUUUAAUUAAGGAAGCUGAGUAAUAACAAUUACCAAGUUUUAUUGCAAUUCGUGAGGCAUUCAGUACCACGAGUUACUGACAGUGUCAAUAAUGAUAUAUUCACAAGCGUGUGCGUAACUUACUUUCUAUGCAUCUCGCUCGUACUGGUUCGUUAGUACGAUUAGUACGAGCGAGAUGUAUAGAAAGUAAGUUACGUAGAGGUUAAGUGAAUAUGUCAGUUUUGACACUCUGAGUGACUCAUGGUAAGCCUUACAGGCUUCAAAAAGGUUUCAAUUAUUUUAAACCAAUUUUGAUUAAUCAAUCAAGAUUUCUAAAGAUGAUUAACAAUUACAUGAUUAUAAUGGUUCAUCGCGACACAUUUCUUUAUUUUUUUUUAAUUUAGUUUAAUUCAUUUCGGUAUGUCCAGGAAAUAUCUACAUAUAUUUCCUUAUAAUGAUAAUUCAUACAAGGGACGGUGCUAUAGGAUAAAAUUAUAGAAUAGCAAAGGCUUCUACAGACGUUACAAUAAAUGGCAUGCGAUUUUAAAUCAUCGCUGGCUAAGUAGGUGCAAGGAAUUGCACAAAUGCCGCAAUGUAUCGCAAAACGCACGCGAUUAUCGUGACGUAUGUAGAGGCCAUACUAGUAAAAUUGAUUGGAAUAGACUAGUGUAGAAACUCGUGCCACCGAACAGAGUAAUAUAUUUCUUUUAAAUUAGUUUAGGGUUAAAAAAGCUUCAUAGCUUGCACUGGUUGUAAUUUGUUUUAAUGCCAAAAGUGAGAAUCAUUUUUAUUUAGUUAGACCACAUAGCUUUUAGCUUGAAGCUAGACGCAAACGGAGUUUAAUUUUAGGUUUCGAAGAAAUUCAAAUAGAUGGCGCUUUCUCUAUAUUAUUGUCUAUGGUCUGUUUUUUUUUUUAUAUUAUACCACGUGGUAAAAUAAUUCAAAUGCGUUUGUAUAUUACGCAACUGUUUAAUUUUGUAAUAGAGUAUCUUCUGAUACCAAGGAAGUUAAGCAUGAUUUACAUGGAUAGACCGAAUAACAUAAUUAUUUAUUAUUGUAAGUAUAACCAUAGUUAUAGAAUUAAAGAUUUUCUGUCACAUUUGCCUCAUAGAUUUUAGUGCAUUUGUGCCCAUUUAAAUACGUGCUAUGUAUUUGAAUUUUUUCGCGGGGCGGUAACUUUUUCCUAGUAUAUUUCUAAUUAAGUGUAUUUUAUGUUGCUUGUAGAGUAUAAUCAGGAAUGGCAUUCGAUAUCAUUUAAAAACAAUGUCUUCCGUUAGAAUAUUCAUGUUCAUUUUGUAGAAAUAAGAAUUUUUCAGUAUACAAAUCCUGUCUUUUUUAAUACGAGUACAUGUACAUAUUUUAUGUAAAUUAAUACAGUUAUGUGUGUGUAUGUAAAUAAAUACUUUACACUAAUAUGAAACACAAAUGUACAGUAGAGUUAUUGCCAGUAAUUUAAAUACUAGGUUAAAGUUACCGUUCUUUUCACAUGUUAUUAAUUAUUAACCGCGUAUCAUUUCACCGCUUAGAGAUAAGAUAUUUUAAAGCAAUUUUGUUGAUUAGUUAAAAAAUUAAAAUAUUAUAUUAGGUUAGGAAUCCAAUUUUUGUCUAUUAAACUACCCCACCACUCUCCUACCGCGUAGAGGAUUUAUCACUGUUUACUUGUUAAUUAAAAUUUCCUU